AUGGCAAGAACGCCUACAAAGAGUCCACGGACUGCUCGUACUCCUGUCCGCAAGUCUGAUCGAAGACCAGAACCAAAGGCACGAGCUCCAACUGCACGCACAAGGCGAAGAUACCGUCCGGGUCAGGUCGCCCUCAAAGAAAUAAGACAAUACCAGAAAUCAACAGAGUUGCUCCUCAGGAAACUGCCCUUUGCUAGGCUGGUCAGAGAAGUAGCCCAAGAAUUCGUAACUGGAGGUGAACUCGACGGAGAGUUACGAUUCCAGUCACACGCUUUGAUGGCAUUGCAGGAAGCUGCUGAGGCCUACCUCGUACACUUGUUUGAAGAUUCGAACUUGUGUGCAAUCCACGCCAAACGGGUCACCCUCAUGCAAAAGGACAUGCAGCUCGCUAGACGUAUUCGUGGUCCACUAUUUGGUUGA